AUGAAGUUCCAGGUUGCCGUGCUGUCUCUGGCAGCAGCCAUCGCCCCUACCGGAGCAGCUCCCUCCUUCCCCGCCGGUGCGCUUGUUGCGCGCUCCAACGAGGCCAACUUGACGCUCUACGAGAAUCCCCUUGUUCCGGGUGAUACGAUCAACCCGUCCUUCUCGCCGACGGAUGCCGAUUUUGUCCCUGGCAGCUACGGCAGAGGCUGCAGUCCCUUUGAUACCACGACCUUGCCCUCAGGCUGGACGACGGGGAUCACGGCCGCUACUAGUAACGUGGGGUGGCUUUGCACGCUGUACAGAAACGCCGACUGUUCGGCCGACAAUGGGUAUCCCAUUACUAACUGCACCGCUGGCGAUGUUGAGGGUGACUGGGACCAUUGCGAGGUGGACGCCCUCCCGAUUGGCGAUGAUGGUUUUGACGACAAGAUCGUGGCGUAUCGAUGCGACCGUAUCUUGGGUUAG